AUAAUGGCUUGUCGCGGCUGCUGCUGCUGCGGCUUCGGGCUACUGAACGAGGACAACGCGAGGUUCCUAAUGCUGGCGCUGCUUAUCAUUCUUUACCUGCUAUGUGGAGCCGCCGUCUUCUCCGCUCUCGAGCAGCCCAAAGAGAAGCAAGCGAAGGAGAGGUGGAUGCACAGGUUCGAACACUUCAGCCAGAAACACAACCUCAGCAGGAAGGAGCUGGAGAAUUUCCUCAGAUUCUACGAGGAAGCGAACGUUGCGGGGAUUCGCGUGGACGCCACCAGACCGCGGUGGGACUUCACGGGCGCCCUCUACUUCGUGGCGACCGUGGUUUCGACCAUAGGAUUUGGAAUGACCACCCCGACAACUAUGGGUGGCAAGAUCUUCCUGAUUUUUUAUGGACUUAUUGGCUGUGCAGCCACCAUACUUUUUUUUAAUCUCUUCCUGGAGCGGCUCAUAACCUUGUUGGCCGUUGUGCUCAAGUCAUGCUAUGAACAUCAGCGGCGGCGCAAGGCAAUACUCCCCCAUGGAGGCCAGCAUAGCCAUGGUGCUACUAGUGGUCCUGAGGCCCAGGGUGAUAGCCUGGCUGGAUGGAAACCCUCAGUCUACUAUGUGAUGCUCAUUCUUUGUCUGGCAGCUGUACUGGUGUCGUGCUGUGCCUCAGCCAUGUACUCAGCUGUGGAGGACUGGAGCUACUUCGACUCUCUGUACUUCUGCUUUGUGGCCUUCAGUACUAUUGGCUUUGGGGACAUGGUAAGCGGCCAGCGGCAGGUAUAUGAAUACCAGGCCGCUUACUGCUUAGGCAACUUCCUGUUCAUCCUUGCGGGUGUUUGCUGCAUCUAUUCACUCUUUAAUGUCAUCUCCAUCGUCAUUAAACAGGUUCUCAAUUGGAUCUUGAGAUGGCUAGUACCUCCUCGCUGUGGCCACACCUGCCACCCAGGGGUUGGGCUGGGACCACGACGCAAUGCUGUGGGUCCACAUCGUACCUACCCCCGCCACAACAUCUCUAUUGAGACUGAUGCUGUUAAUGACAGUGAAGAGAUGGAUGGGCGCCGCAUGUCUGGAGAAAUGAUCUCCAUGCGGGACUUCUUGGCAGCCAACAAAGUCAACUUAGCUAUUAUGCAGAAGCAGCUCUCUGAGACAGCCAAUGGCCACCCCCGCCAGUCAGGCUCCUGUUCUCGGCACAAUGGCUUCUCAGAAGGUGUUGGUGCUUUGGCCAUCAUGAAUAACAGACUCGCGGAGACAAGUGUAGACAGGUGA